AUGUCUUUUCAACCGCGACCACCAAACUUCAUUAUCUUCGGCGAGAUGGGCGUCGGCAAGAGCUCGUUGGUAAAUCUCAUUGCUGGGGACCAACUUGCCGAGUCCUCGUCCAGCGCACAAUCCUGCACACUCGAGUCAACCGAGUACCCCGUCACAUUUUCAGAUCCCCAGCUUAAUGUAAAUCUAUUUGAUACUGUGGGCCUGGACAGCCCCACUAUGAAUAACGCGGGAUAUCUAGAUGCCCUAGUGAAGGCACACGAACUCAUCGUCUCGCUCAAGAGCCGAGGAGGUGUACAUGGCCUACUUUUCUGCAUGAAGGCUGGCAGAGUGUCGAACACUAUGCAGCAGAAUUACAGAUUAUUCUACGAGUUCCUAUGUCAGGAACAAGUGCCCCUCGCUCUGGUCGUUACCAAUCUUGAGAAUGAGGAGAACAUGGACGACUGGUGGACGAUGAACAAGGCACACAUCGAAAAUUCCGGCAUUGUCCCUGUCACGCAUGUCUGCAUCACAACCAUUAAAGGCUACCAAAACGCAUACGAAACCAGAUACUUCGAAUCCCGGAAGAAGGUGUUAAAUAUGCUUAAGGAACUUGGAAAUCGUGAUGCAUGCUCGGUGGAUGUGAGUAGUUGGUUUGCGCGGAUGUGCAAGAAGCUACGAGAGUUUUUGGUUCCGACCAAGGGGUUGGGGAGGAGUCGCCAGAAAAUGUUGCAGAUGCUCACGAAGCGUUGCAAGCUGCGCAAGGAAGAUGCAGUGCAUCUUCUCCAAAGGAUUGAUGGGGAUGAGGAGAAACAGUGA